ACACCUGGGAGCUGUUCUCCAGUUGUCUAGGACUUUCACCGCUACAGCCCGCGGCUACAGCUAUCAUCCUCUGAGAUGUCUGGUAACGGGGGCGGCGCAAUUGGCCCAGAGGAGCUUUCGGAAGCUGAGGCCAAGAUGGAGACCUCGUCAAAUCUCCAUUCGAUUCCUGAACCUCAAAUGAACUUGAGAUUGACCAGAGACGGUGACGGAGCCCAGGAUGGUAGUGUUCCCAUCCUUGCCAGCCCAGAAAGUCAAGGCACAGUUGUGGAAAACAUCAGUGGCAAAGACACACUCGAGCACGGUGAUGGCGGACUAAGACGAGAAGUAGAGGAAGGUGAGGAAGACGCGGCAGAAGACCAGAGUCAGGUACCGUGCGAUGAGAGCAACCCUGGUCAGUCUUUAUCAGAUGAGGCUCGGGCCCUGGAGGACUGGGUGUCGUCAGAGACCUCUGCCCUGCCCCGCCCUCGUUGGAACGUCCUUACUGCUCUUCGAGAUCGGCAGCUGGGGUCAAGCGCCCGCUUUGUGUAUGAGGCCUGUGGGGCAAGAGUGUUUGUGCAGCGUUUCUGCUUACAGUAUGAGCUAGAAGGUCACCGUGGUUGUGUCAACAGUGUUCACUUUAACCAGCGUGGUACCUGGCUGGCCAGUAGCAGUGAUGACCUGACAGUGAUAGUUUGGGAUUGGGCCCGCCAGCAGCCAGUCCUGAACUUUGAAAGUGGUCACAGAAAUAACGUCUUUCAGGCCAAGUUCCUUCCCAAUUGUGGCGAUUCCACCCUGGCCACGUGUGCCCGUGAUGGGCAGGUACGGGUGGCACAGCUACCUGCUCUGCCGCACAGCAGCUUCUCUAAGCAGGUGGCCCAACAUAGGGGAGCCAGCCACAAGCUGGCUCUGGAGCCAGACUCCCCUUUUAAGUUCCUGACCUCAGGUGAAGACGCCGUUGUCUUUGCCAUUGACCUCAGACAAGAGCAGCCGGCUUCAAAAGUGGUGGUAACAAAAGAGAAUUGGAGGAAAGUGGGACUCUAUACGAUCUCUGUGAAUCCUGCCAAUACUUACCAGUUUGCUGUGGGUGGAAUGGACCAGUUUGUAAGAAUUUAUGACCAGAGGAAAAUUGAUGAGAAUGAGAAUAAUGGAGUACUCAAGAAGUUCUGUCCUCAUCACCUGGUCAGCUGUGACGCUGGAGUACACAUCACCUGCCUGGUGUACAGCCAUGAUGGCACAGAGGUCCUGGCCAGUUACACGGAUGAAGAUAUUUACCUCUUCCACUCCUCUAGCUGUGAUGGGGCCCAGUAUGCUAAGAGAUAUAAGGGGCACAGAAAUCGUGUCACCGUUAAAGGUGUUAAUUUCUAUGGCCCUGGGAGUGAGUUUGUGGUGAGCGGUAGUGAUGAUGGGCACAUCUUCCUCUGGGAGAAAUCAUCCUGUCAGAUCAUUCAGCUCCUGGAGAGAGGGGACAGGGCAGGUACUGUAAACUGCCUUGAGCCCCACCCUUACCUCCCUGUGAUGGCGACCAGUGGCCUAGACCAUGAUGCCAAGAUCUGGGCACCCACAGCGAAAGAUCCCACUCAGCUUCUUGGGUUAAAGGAUGUGAUUAAGAAGAACAAGCAGGAACGAGAUAGAGACAUGUUGGGCCAUGCUGAAGUGUUUGACCCAAGCCUGCUGUCAUUCCUCAUGCAUCACCUGGCACAUACAGGUUCUCACCCUGAGGACAGUGACUGGAUACCUCGCUCAGUUGGACUCGUGGAAGCAGAGUCGCAUCCGUCUCCCCAUUCCACAGAUGUAUCCGAGGAUGAGGCCACGGACUAAGCACAAAUAACAGGGACAGGACCAAGAACAUGUGCAGCGCCUGCCAUCCUGAAUGCUGCAUACCUGAUCCAGCUAGAUGUCACCGCAGUAGGCUGGACUUUCAAGUUUGAAAUUCAGAUUGACUAAUAGAUUU